AUGUCUGCACCAUCUUCGAACGACGCUGGCAAGGAGCUGAAGCUCCUACAUUACAUCUAUGGGCAGCCAAACCUCGAUGAAAUUCGUGGACAUCCCCAAAAAGUGAUCGAUCUGAUUCAUGAAUUUGAGAAAGGCUACCGUUUGAUAAAUGUCGGCCCUGAAAAGGGUGAAAUCAUCACCCAACUCAUUGAUGAACUCAAGCCAAAGACCAUGAUCGAGCUCGGCUGCUACGUGGGCUACUCGGCGAUCCUAUUCGGCGACGCAGUCCGUCGAAACGGCGGUGAACGCUACUUAAGUCUAGAGUUGAAUCCAGAGUUUGCUGCAGUUGCCAAUAUGCUCGUUGAGCUAGCUGGAUUGCGCGACUUUGUACACAUCAUCGUCGGUCGAAGCGAUGAGUCGCUACACAAAUUAAUCACCACGGGCGAGGUGAAAAAAGUGGAACUACUCUUCAUCGAUCAUUACAAACCAGCGUACACCACUGAUGUCAAGCUGUGCGAACAGCUCGGGGCUAUUGUCCCUGGCUCAGUACUGGCCGCCGACAACGUCCUUUACCCUGGCAACCCGCCAUAUCUGGCAUAUGUUCGUAGCACCGUGGAGCAGAAGAUUGAAGCUGCUCAGGCUGGACCGUCGAAGGCGUAUGACACUACCGGGAUGGCUGAAAGAACAGUGCAGUCCUUUGUGGGUAAAGAUGAUGUGCCCACUUUCAAUUUUAUCGGAAAUCCGAACUUGGUGUACCAGAGCCAGCUAUGCCAGCCUGAAGGAUUGCGGGAUGCCAUCGAGGUUACGAGGUGCGUGGGGGUGCAGGAGGCAUAG